AUGUCCCUCCAAACCCUCUCCCGCAGCGCCCUGCGCACCACCACCACCACCACCACCACAACCAGCACCACGACAAGCACCACAACCCCCCGCCUAACAGCCCUCUCCCGCCCCUUCAAGCCCACCCACACACACCUCACACGCCUGACAUCCAUCACCGCCGCCGCCCCAUUCAGCACAACCAAGAAGCUCCCGGGUGGCCACGAAAGCCACUACGACCCGCCCAGCGGCUGGCUCUUUGGCGUCCCGCCGGGGCAGAAGUACGAGAAGGAAGGGUGGGAGAAUGUUUGGUUUUAUGGGUUUUUUGGCAGCUUUUUGGUUGCGGGGGUGGCGUUUGCGUUUAAGCCUGAUACUAGUAUUCAGACUUGGGCGUUGGAGGAGGCGCGGAGACGGCUUGAGGCGGAGGGGAUUUUGGAGGAUCCGGAGAGGAAGGCGUAG